UGCGCGCCCCUCGCUGUGAGAACCACGGGGCUGACCUCUCUUGCGUGGUGUGCGACCCCCUGCGCUCGGGGUUCGUGUCAGCGCGCAGAAACACUGCCAGUGGAAGAUGUAGAAGAAAAACCCAAACAACACACCAACAAAGAAGAGACAGACAGGCUACCCACCAGUGCCAAACCUCGACAGCAGCCGAGUGCCUUAUUCGCCAGAGGAAACAGGAAAGCUGCCAAAAGUCCCCAGAGGUCAUCGAGUAAAAUAAAAGAAAACAAGCACCCCUUUGCUCUUUAUGGCUGGGGAGAGAGACAGACAGACACUGGGAGCCAGAAGACCCACAAUGUCUGUGCAUCUGCCCCUGUGCACGAGAUUCAUGAGUCAGCAUUACGAGCCAAGAGUAGAAGACAGGUGGAGAAACGGAGACUGGCUGCACAGCGGCAGCGUGCCCACUCGGUGGAUGUGGAGAAGAACAGAAAGAUCAAGGCCUCCACGGGGUCUUCGGCAGACAACCCCUGGGUCACUGAGUACAUGCGAUGCUACUCGGCCAGGGCAUAGAUGAGAAGACAAGACAAAAACUGUUAAA